UUGGGAUUCAAAUGAAGAAAAGGAGGAGCACGUGGCGUGGGUUGUUCUGGGAGGAGCCGGUUCACGUGGCUGAGGCGAGUACAGAGUGGGUCCGAAGUGAACCGUCGUCAGUGCGAAGGAGCAGCAGCAGCAGGCAACAUCAGCGACAUGGCGGUGGAGAUGGAGCCCUCGGAUGUUAUCCGUCUGAUCAUGCAGUACUUGAAGGAGAACAACCUUCACAAAACUCUGAGCACACUGCAGGAGGAAACUACUGUUUCACUCAACACGGUGGAAAGCAUCGACAGCUUCAUUGCUGAUAUCAAAUGCGGGCACUGGGACAUGGUCCUGCUGGCCAUAGAAUCCCUCAAACUACCAGACAACACACUGAUCGACCUGUAUGAGCAGGUGGUCAUGGAGCUGAUUGAAAUGAGGGAGGCAGGGGCGGCGCGCUCCCUCCUCAGACAAACCGACCCCAUGAUCAUGCUGAAGCAGACUCAGCCAGAGAGGUACAGCCACUUAGAGAGGCUGCUGACAUGCUCCUACUUUGACCCGCGAGAGGCGUAUCCAAGAGGAAGCAGCAAGGAGAAGAGGCGCUGGGCAAUUGCUGAGGCUCUGGUGAGGGAGGUCAGCGUGGUCCCACCUUCUCGUCUCAUGGGGCUCCUUGAACAAGUCAGCACACUGAGACUGCAAGAGUACUCUGAUCUAUCCUCCCCUGAGAUGAGCGACGACAGCAAGGAAUCGCAGUUUGAUAAAGAGAGCUUCCCCACCCAACUGUACCGUCACAUCAAGUUUGGACGACGGUCGCACAUGGAAUGUGCACGUUUCUCGCCUGAUGGAAAGUACCUCAUCACGGGAUCGGUGGACGGCUUUAUUGAAGUUUGGAACUUCAGCACAGGGAAAAUUAGCAAGGAUUUAAAGUACCAGGCCCAGGAGAGCUUCAUGAUGAUGGACGAUGCUGUUCUCUGCAUGUGCUUCAGUCAGGAUGCCGAUCUCCUCGCCACUGGAGCUCAGAAUGGAAAAAUAAAGGUGUGGAAGAUCCAGAGCGGCUUGUGUGUGCGCAGGUUUGAGCACGCGCACAACAAAGGUGUGACCUGUUUGGGCUUCUCCAAGGACAACAACCAAAUCCUCAGCGCAUCGUUCGACCAGACCAUACGGAUCCACGAGCUGAGAUCUGGGAAAACGCUGAAGGAGCUCAGUGGCCAUUCGUCGUUCAUCAACGACGCGUUUUUCACCCAAGACGGCUUUCACAUCAUCAGUGCCUCGUCCGACGGCACGGUCAAGAUCUGGAACACCAAGACCUGCGAGUGCAUCAACACCUUCAAAUCGUUCUCCCGGACAUCUGACGUCCCCGUCAACAACGUGAUCCCCCUGCCACAGAACCCAGACCUGUUUGUGGUGUGCAACCACUCCAACACAGUGGUGGUGGUCAACAUGCGUGGCCAGACUGUAAAGAGCUUCAGCGCCGACAGAAAGUCUGGAUCCAACUUUGUGUGCUGCACCGUGUCGCCCCGGGGAGAGUGGAUCUACGGCGUGGGAGAAGACUUGGUCCUCUACUGCUUCAACUACGUGACGGGACACCUGGAGAAAACACUGACUGUCCAUGAGAAAGACGUCAUCGGCAUCAGCCACCACCCGCACGAGAACCUGAUGGCGACCUACAGUGAGGACGGUCUGCUCAGGUUAUGGAAGCCUUAGACCGACGACAGCGUCGGAACCCAGAGGUGGUUUUGCACAUGAUUAUGAAGCUUGGAGUUCAGUUCAUGACGCAAUAAUCAAAACAAUAACUUUGAACUUCGAUAUCAAGCUACCAUCUGAUCCUCAUUGUAAACAUCUCAGCUUGUUUUAUACAAAACAUAACCGUCAUAAGCUGAUGAAAAGAUGUUGAAAUAAAUGGAAGGACAGCGUGUUUACAAGGAUGAUCAGAAUUUUGGAAGCUGCUCAGGUGACGGAGGUUCAAUCGCUACAGUUUGCUUGCUUCUUGCCAGUUAAAUUCCUGGGAUCUCCGCAGGGGCAGCUGUGAAUCUGGAAAGUUCUAUGUAGCAAGGCAUCAUGAGAGAGGACGGAGCAAAGUUGGGAAUUAAAAAGUUGUUUUUUUCUAGUGCUUUAACAGCAACGGGAGCCAUCUGGUGGACAGAUGGGAUAACGGCAGCUAUAGAAACAAUUCUUUCACGUUCGCUCUGUAAUCUUCUGCGAUCCUCUCUGGGUACUCCAGCGACCAACCUGCUUCCUCUUGAAUUCCUCACCAGUGCAGUUCUCAAUCCCCAUUUUCAUCUCUCUAAUCUUUAGACAUGAAAAUGCAUGACGGUCAACUGUCGUGGAAUUGCUUUUUGUUUGGGCAUAAAACAAACAAUUUCAGGUAUUUGAUGAAAUAUACUUUGUUUUUUUGGUAACUUCUCACCGAUGUUUCGUAUUUGGGUGUUCUUGCAUGCUACCUCAGUACCCCGUCCACGUGUGGCUCAAAUAUUUGAAUAUGCAUGACGAGUCCAAUUCUACGAUAUUGUACCUGGAUGUCAUGUCGUGGCAAUAUUUUAUUACUUUCUUACGAAAUCUUUCCACCUGUCGUGGUGAUCGCUGCCAAAUAUUCCUUCAUCAUUGCACUUUAUCUGUGUGUAUAUAUUGUGUGUGACAUAAGCAAACA